GUAAAUUGUGAAUUCUUGAGAACACACGCCAACACAUGUCGAGCCGCCAAGAUCCAUUUCUAUCGUUCCGGCGUGGAAUUUAGCGUGGUUGAAUGUUUGUUCGUUGAUCUAAAAACUGUAUGAAACCGAUCGUCUUGAAAUUUGAGUUGCGAAAAUAACGCAGCGAUCAUGUUGGUGCUAUUCGAGACGUCAGCGGGCUACGCGAUCUUCAAGGUAUUGGACGAGAACAAAAUCGCAAAAUCGGAGAAUCUGUAUCAGGAUUUUGAACAACCUGAAACCGCCAGUAAAAUACUUAAGUUGACAUAUUUUCACAAGUUUGAGGAUACCACUGAAGCAUUAGCCGCUACCACAGCGCUUGUGGAAGGCAAGCUAUCCAAGUCCUUGAAGAAAACGCUCAAGAGCUGUUGCAAGGAGGCCCAUGAACAACUAGCAGUCGCCGAUGCCAAAUUAGGAUGUGCCAUCAAAGAGAAGCUGUCCUUGUCAUGCAUAAGCAAUACUGCAGUGCAGGAGUUGAUGAGAUGCAUCAGAAGCCAAAUGGAUAGCCUCAUUACUGGGGUGACCAAGAAGGAGAUGUCAGCCAUGGCGUUGGGCCUGGCGCACAGUCUUUCCAGAUACAAGCUGAAGUUCUCACCCGAUAAGAUUGAUACUAUGGUAAUUCAGGGAGUAUCCUUGCUAGAUGAUCUGGACAAGGAACUGAACAACUACAUAAUGCGGGCGCGUGAAUGGUACGGCUGGCACUUUCCCGAGCUGAGUAAGAUUGUGACUGACAAUUUUACAUACAUAAAAACUAUGCAGAUCAUUGGUCAGCGGGAACAAAUCGAGAGAUGCGAUCUGUCUGAUAUUCUAACGGAGGAUAUCGAAAAGCAGGUGAGACAGGCUGCAGAAACCUCGAUGGGCUCGGAGAUCUCUGAGGACGACGUCUCUCUCAUGCUCGAUCUGUGCACUGAGAUACUCGAGCUGCACAAGUACCGAUCCGAGUUGAACGAUUAUCUAAAAAGUAGAAUGAUGACGCUGGCGCCAAAUCUGUCAAUCCUUGUCGGCGAUCUGAUCGGUGCACGUUUGAUAUCCAAGGCCGGCUCUCUGCACAAUCUCGCCAAACAUCCGGCGUCUACCUUACAGAUUCUCGGUGCAGAGAAGGCACUGUUCCGCGCUCUCAAAGCGAAUAAGAACACGCCCAAGUAUGGUUUAAUCUAUCACUCUCAGCUUGUUGGUCAGUCUUCAAUCAAAAACAAGGGCAAGAUAUCCAGGAUGCUGGCAGCGAAAGCCUCUCUGGCGACGAGGUUUGAUGCAUUAAGAGAUAGCACGGAGGACCCCACUCUCGUUACCAACCUUGGCAUAGAGCACAGAGAGAAGCUGGAGAGGCGACUAAAGUUACUCGAAUCGGGAAAUAUAAAACGAAUAAGUGGCACCGCCAGAGCGAAGACUACGUUUGAGAAAUAUCACAGCAAAAACGAAUACAAGCAAUAUUCCACAUCUGUAGAUUCAACUCUGCCCACUCCAUCGACUUCGACUCAGAAGAGGGUUUUAAUUGAAGAAAUUAAGGAAGGAGACACAAAGGAAAGUGAAGACAUACCUAAGAAAAAGAAAAAGAAACACAGCACAAAUCAUGAACAGACGGAAGUUAAAGAGGAAGAAGUGCAAGUCGAGGAGGAAGCAGAAACGGGUGCUGUGCCGAAGAAAAAGAAAAAACAUAGUCUAACAGAAUCUAAUAUAAAAGCAGAAUUUAAGAUAGAACAAGGAGAAUGUUCUGGUGUACAAAUAAAAACGGAAUCAGAUGUCAUUUCGAAGAAAAAAAAGAAACGUCUAGAAAUAAAAGCAGAAGACACAACAGAAACUUCUGGAGAUCAAGAAGAGAUAAAAAUGAAAACGGAAUCGGAUGCUGUGCCGAAGAAAAAAAAGAAAAAGCACAGCAUAGAACCUAACACAGAAGACAUGGGCGAGACUUCUGGUACACAAGAAGCACAAACUGAAGUGGAUUCAGAUAUCGUAUCAAAGAAGAAAAAAAAGAAAAAGAAAGAAUCGAGUGAAACUGAGGAGGCAGUAUCUGUGAAAGCUGAAGAAACAUUUGACGCGGAUGUUUCACUUGAAGCUGGAACGAGUGAAGAGAAAAAGAAGAAGAAGAAGAAGAAGAAAGAAAAAGAAAGUGAGGAGAUGCAACAAACGACAGUAUCUGUUGAAGAAGUAGAGGAACCAGUUUCGAGCGAGAAGAAGAAAAAGAAAAAAAAGAAAUCAAAGCAAGAUUAAACUUAAAUAGGGUGCAUAGGAUAAAAAUACAAGUUUUUAUAUUAAACGUCUACACAUAUAAUAUAAAUAUUUUUAAUAAAAUGCAAGCAAAAAAAGCUAGAAAAUUCUGCGAUUUAUUAUUGAAGUUGUUUCUUGUCUUGAGAUUUUGUUUUCAUAAAUUGAAAUCGUUAACGUUACAAAUAAGAUUUUUAACCAGCAUCAAUAUAAUUAAAGGAUUGACUCGUGUAAAAUAUUGUAUAGUUUUCGUAAUAAAUACAUUAAUGCAUCAUUUUAAAA